AUGUACGAGCUCUUUCUGACGACGCUCGUCGACGAUGACGACAUCCAGGCGGCGUGCGCAGUGCUAGGUGGCCUCUGCGCCAUGCCAGCGUGGCAGAGUCUCCAUCGCGUUCUCUACUUCAAGGGCCCUGCUAAGCCCGGCGGCAUCUCGAACCAGAACUCGAUCGUCAAGACUCCCCGAAAGGACAUCCAGAUGCUGUGGAAGGAUCUUCACCAACAACUUAGUCGUCAGUCAUACAUCCUUCAAGCCCGCUACGAGGUCUUCAAGGACAAGGACUUCGGCCCGACUGCCCCGGAAGUUGACUUCAACACUCGCCCCGGCACCCUGCGGUGGACAGACUUUCCCGACCCGCCUCAGGGAGGCCGUUCGACGGUUACGCAGCGCAAGAAGACCGAGAUCUGGGACCAGCGAAAUCUGCCGGCUGUGAUGAAGGACAACAACUACUUGUUCAAGAGCGAGGCUAUUGAGGAGACGUACCAAUUCUUCAGAGAUGAGGUUGAGUUCUGCCUUUCACGGCAUUACAUUCUUCAAAUGAACGGAGGGGGUGCACCCCUCACUCACCUCGCGCCAUGGGAGAAUCUUUCACCGGCUGAUCCUGGACGCCGCUGGAUGUUCCUCAUCAAGGUCCACGUUCACCAAGACAACAAGCCCGAUGAGAUCCUUAAAGCGCACGAACAUCUGGCCACCAUCAGACGUGAACUCGAGGGAGUUUUCGACUUCAAGCAGUUCGAUAGACGCAUUCACGACACCAGGGUUGCUGUCGAGAUGCGCAACGCCCCCGCGCCUCUGCCGCAAGUCAUGACUGUUACCGAUCAGCGGUGA